AGGCCAGGUUGGUGCAGUUGAGGCUGUGGGGCUGUAUGGAGCAGUCAGCUAAGCCUUGCACUAAUCCAGAGUGGGCAGAGCUCCUCCAGGGGCUAAUGGUGACCAGCAGUGAGCCUGGCUCCUUCUCCAGCAGGUUCCUGCACCAGGUGCUUCAGCUGGGCUUGGUCAGGUCCCUGCUGAAGAUGCUUCAGAAAGUAUCAGUCUGGGUUGGAUUUGUGGUCCCCGUGGAGGCCAUCAUCAGCAGAGUCUGCCCUGUGCAGUCUCCCCACAGACCCACACGGUUUGCCAAGAAGCGCCAUGGGCGCCUGAAGCGUUUCCUCCUUGCCUUCAUCCCCACCAGGAUCCAAGCAGUCCUGGGCCGCCUGCCCACAGACUGGGGCCAGAACAACAUGCCCAAGGAGGUCCGAGAGGCUCUGAUCAACCCAUCCAGCAAAGCAAACAAGAGGAAACGGGACGAUGUGGCUCUGGAGGAGCAGGAGUCCUGGGUGGUGGUGCUGGAGAAGGACCUGCCAGAGGAUGACCCAGAGGACCUCUCAUAUGAGCCCUCAGAGGUGGAUACAGACACUGAGGAGUACAAAUCCCAGAACAACACAGAGACAGACCUGGAGUUUGAAGAGCAUGAGGGAGCCAUUAUGUUGAAGGAGUCGUUGGAUCUCCAGUUGGAUGAUGCCCAACCCAGUGGGGAUGAGGAUAACCCUGAGCUCUUGGCUGUGAGCUCAGAGCAGGGACAGGAGGACCCAGCUGCAUCCGGCAGUGCAGAAGAUGCUUCAAAUGAUGACAGUGGUGACAGUGACACUCAGACGCCCCGAGAUGUGAGCAGCAGGGAUAGCAGUGAGCAAGAGGCUGAUGUGGAACGUGAGAGCAGCAGUUCCUCGUAGUGUGGGGCUUGGCAGGAGCUCUGAUCCAUGGCCCUGAACUCUGCUGUGGCUGUGACAUACCUGGUUCUCUCUGCCUGUGCUGUAGUGUAAGCUGUCCAUUUAAUGAUGUUUUGUUUGGCUUUUUUUUGGACUUCAUAAUAAAGUUACCCUAUUUUU